CGGAGGGAUUCUGGGUUUCAGUGCGGCGGCCUCCGUGAAGACAAGUAGCCGAGGGCUUCAAACGUAACGUUCUUGAGAGAAGCGGCGUCUAAAAAGCGGUGUCCAUCAUGUUCUCCUUCAACAUGUUUGACCACCCAGUCCCCCGGGUCUUCCAGAACCGGUUCUCCACGCAGUACCGCUGCUUCUCUGUGUCCAUGCUCGCAGGGCCUAAUGACAGGUCAGAUGUGGAGAAAGGAGGGAAGAUAAUUAUGCCGCCCUCAGCCCUUGAUCAACUCAGCCGACUUAACAUUACCUAUCCCAUGCUGUUCAAGCUGACCAAUAAGAAUUCGGACCGCAUGACGCACUGUGGUGUGCUGGAGUUUGUGGCUGAUGAAGGCAUCUGCUACCUCCCCCACUGGAUGAUGCAGAAUUUGCUGUUGGAAGAAGGGGGCCUGGUUCAGGUGGAGAGCGUCAACCUUCAAGUGGCUACAUAUUCCAAAUUCCAGCCUCAGAGCCCAGAUUUCCUGGAUAUCACCAACCCCAAAGCAGUACUGGAAAAUGCAUUGAGAAACUUUGCCUGUCUGACCACUGGGGAUGUGAUCGCCAUCAACUACAAUGAGAAGAUCUACGAACUUCGGGUGAUGGAGACCAAACCCGACAAGGCUGUGUCCAUCAUCGAGUGUGACAUGAAUGUGGACUUUGAUGCUCCCCUGGGCUACAAAGAACCUGAAAGACAAGUCCAGCAUGAAGAGUCAACGGAGGGCGAAGCUGACCACAGUGGCUAUGCUGGAGAGCUGGGUUUCCGCGCCUUCUCUGGCUCCGGGAAUAGACUGGAUGGAAAGAAGAAAGGGGUAGAGCCCAGUCCCUCCCCAAUCAAGCCUGGAGAUAUUAAAAGAGGAAUUCCCAAUUAUGAAUUUAAACUUGGUAAGAUCACUUUCAUCAGAAAUUCACGUCCACAGGUCAAAAAGGUUGAAGAGGAUGAAGCUGGAGGCAGAUUCGUUGCGUUCUCUGGAGAAGGACAGUCAUUACGUAAGAAGGGAAGAAAGCCAUAAGUCAGGACUGUUGACUGAUUGGAAAAUAAAAGAAUCCAUUGCAACA